AUGGCUGCCGCGGCGCGCCCCGUCGCCCCCCGCGCGCGUCUCGCCGCGCGCGCGGCGGCGACGACGACGCGCCGCGACGUCGACCGCGCCGUCGCGCCGCCGACGCGACGGUCGCUCCUCGCCGCGACGACGACGACGCUCCUCCUCGCGACGACGGCCGCGGUCGCGCGCGCCGCGGAGGAGGCGGAGACGGAUGACGGCACCCGGGUCAUCAUCUCGACGUCGUCCGCCGCGACCGCCGCGGUGGCGUCCCCGCUGGAGUGCGCGUCGGACCCGUCGUGCGUCGUCGCGCGCGACGCGAGCCUCGCGGGGGGCGGGUCCUACGCGCCGCCGACGGAGUUCGUGGAGGAGGACCCGGACGGCGCGCUUCGACGCGCCAUCUGUCCGCGGAACCCCACCGCGGACAUCUGCCGCAGCGUGAAAGACCGGAAGAAGAUCAACGACUCGCCGUGCCUCAUACCCAUCGGGCUGGCGUGCGCGAUGUGGAAGAAGUGA